UUCCCACUAUGCCCUUCUCCUCUCCACCCACCUCCAAAUGCAAAGCUUACAUCCAUAGCCAUAAGCAACUGGUUUUUCUCUGUGUUUUGAAUACAAUGACGUCGUUUUUUAUUCAUCGGACGCGUUAACGCGUCGAAUGAAAUCGUUCCUUUCAAGGCAAAAACCAUCUCCUUCUUCCCUCCAACUAUUUUUAUUGCAUUUCGUUUGAUUCCAUUUUUUUCUUUCUUUCAAAAUUCCGAUUCUUUUCAUAUAGCCUGCUCCUAAUUUUUUUGUAGUUUCGAUGUACGCGUCUCUUAUUCUCUUUCGAUUUUAUUUAUUUCUUUUUCUGUUCUGUUAUGAAGCUCAAGUGUGAUUGUUUCCUUACUUUUCUCACUCCUUCCUCUCUUCCAUUUUCAUGGAAUUCAUUUAGGCUGUGCUUAGCUGUAAUUUGGAAUUAAACCUGAGCUUAGAUCAUGAUUUUGAUGGAGAAACACGACGAUGAACGCUCGGUUUUUCCUUUAACAAGUCUCCAGAUCGGGGACUUGCAGUCUUAUCUUUCGGAUCUUAGCCUUUUCCUGGCCACUGGAAGUAACAAAUUCUACAUUUUGGUGCACAACAGGCCAUGGCUGAGGGACUUGGGUUCAUGGCCAGCUCACUUGUGGUGGCAAUUGAUGGUUACCAAGUCCAGGUUAUCUCCUUUUGCUAACACCAAGGGCCGUAGGGAGAGAAAGGAGGGGAAGGAAGCUGCUUCCAAAUUAAAUGCUGACAAUUCAAAAAAGUUCGAGAGAUGGUUCUGUUUCAUUGAUGCUGCAACAUUGUCUAAAAAGAGGGCUUUACUACCUGUUAAGAAAUUGCGAACCUCUUUGCUCCUUAGCAGUGAGCUGCAUCGGACUUUGUAUGGCUUCAUUGUAUUUGAAGUCACAUGGUCAGAUGUUCGAGGUAUUAACUAUUUCAAUGAGCUUCAGACUGAUACCUCUCUGGCCAUAGAGGCUAAAUUCAUGCGAAGAUGGGAAUUUGAAAGCUUUGAUCAUGCUGUAAAUUCCAUAUCAUCAUGGUUUUCCGGAACAGAGUUGGAUCAGCAUUAUUUAGAAGAGUACUUGAAUUCAACAAUUGCAGAGGUCUUCUAUGAUAUUGAAGAAGAUUUUGAUGAGGAUGAUGACGAAAAUUUAUACGAGGAUAGUUUGAGCACUGAAGAAAGUUUCUCCCAUGAUCAUUGUGACACUGGUGAUUUAAAAUUUUACUGCGAAACUUUUGAGCCACAAACUCCAAUUGGUCCUUAUAAGAGAAAUAAAGCAAGUAAGGUAAUUAGUACUGGAGUUGAAGUUGAUGUGAAUUGUGAGGAAAUUCAAAGGCAAGCUGAAAACUCAUUUGACAAUUAUCCCAAAAAUGCAGUCGAAGCUACAAAGUAUAGGGAUGUUCUUCUUUUGUUUAGAUUUGAUGAUAGAGAUCUCCCAUUUAAAUUACAGCAAAUAAUAACGCCUGAUCAGAGGUUACUUCGUUUGUUAGAGGCUGGUCUUCCAUCUUGGGUCAUCUUCCUUCAAUCAUAUCCUGGCUUUUGCCAUAUCUAUCGCCCAUGGAUGUGUCCUCUGGCCAGAGCUCUAUAUGUUUCGAUUUCAGUCAUUACUGUUCUAAUAGGGUUUUAUGAUUUAUACAAAAAUGUUCCUGUUCUUAAGGCAACUGCUGCUCGUUUAUGCGGGCCACUCUUUGAUUGGAUAGAAACCUGGGAGAUGGUAUCAAGGAUCAAGUACUUGGGAACGAUGCUAUUUCUACAUAACUGUCAGAAGGCUGUGAGGUUGGUUUUGACAGUUACACGUGCUACUCGAUCAUUUUUCUCUUUUCUUUGUUUACCACUGGCAGAACCAUUUAUGGACCUUUUGAGCUUCCUUUCGCCAAUUUGGAAUACGUUCAGUGAUGUAGUGGAAAGCUUCUUUUCAGUCAUAUGGAUUGUGAUUGGUUCUUUGUACAAUCUAUUGGAGGAUAUCGUGGAGUUUGUUCUGAUGCCUAUAUGCUUUAUUGGUGUAGUUCUCCGUAAAAUUGCAACUUCCAUCCUGUAUCCUACAUUUUGGUUUCUUUGGGAAGUAGUAUAUGCGCCAAUACGCCUAGUCCUUGCAUUAGCCAGAUUCGUGGCUUAUAUGUUUCGGUUCAUCUCUCUUUUGGUUGGAGAUAUAUGGCAGUCUUUUAGGAGCAUAAUUCAACUUGCUUCAGCUUCUGAAUCUACAGUGAGCACUAGUGAGGUUUCCAUGUUGCGUUCACUUUGGAAUGACAUUUUUUCUCAGGUUUUUCGCUCUCUCAGAAGUAUAUUAAAUGGUUUUGUUGCCUUCUUCACAGCCUGCAAUAGACAUCGCCUAAGCAUUUAUAAUCAUGUACGGCAUGUUGUUCAAAGGCCAUUUGGUGGAGCCCCGGUACCACGAACAUCAGAUCCUAGACGCAAUAAAUCGCUGCGUGCUCUAAGCCAUCAGCCAGAAAUAAGGAGGAGAGUCUACGGUGGGUCGUAUCCUCCGGCGUUGUCAUUUUGAGUUCACAAUAUGAAAGAAGGUAAUCCUUUGUUCUGAAGAACAAACAUUCCAAUGCAAAAAUCUAGAAGCUCGCAAUAACAUGCAUAGUUGAAAGCUAAUAUGAGCCAGUCCGAUAUCAAGUCCAAGAGAAAAAA